UUCUUCUCUUCCAGCUUACUAAUCAGACUGCAACACGUCGAGUCCAAGGAAAGGGCAGGGAGGAAAGGAGAGCUCGCUGCUGAUGGUCAAGAGGUGCUACCACACAGAAGCCAACGGGCGAGCAGAGGGAGCCUGGCCAUGGUCACUACUGCUCUCCUACCUGUGAGGAGAAAAAGUACCGAGUGAGCAGCAGACACCAGAAACCAGAAAUGCUCUGCUUUUGGAGAACUUCUGACCUAGCGGUACUCUUGAUAUGGGGGGUCUUUGUGGCUGAGUCAAGUUGUAUGAAUGGGAAUCAAACAUCACUGAACGGUUCAUUACCAGAGUCAGAAGUUAACACUACACUGUUUGUACAGAUGGGUGCAAAGGCUCUGCUGUGCUGCCCUGCUCCUCCAAUGACGAAAGCAUUAUUAAUAACGUGGGUAAUAAUCCUGAAAGGCCAGCCUCCCUGCAGAAUAAUCUACAAAGCAGAAACAAAGGAGACCAGUGAAACCAACUGUACAGACAGGAGAAUCACCUGGGCAUCCACACCUGACCAGAGUCCUGACCUUCUGAUCAAUGCAGUGGCCCUCGAUCAUGACAGGCUUUAUUCAUGUGAAAUAGCAACACCUCAGGGGAAUUUCCUAAGGAGACAUAACCUCCAAGUGCUAGUGCCUCCAGCAGUAACCCUGCUUCCAGGGGAAAACAGAACUGCAGUUUGUGAGGCAAUUGCAGGCAAGCCGGCUGCGCAGAUCUUUUGGAAUCCAGAUGGGGAUCACGGCACUAAGCAGGAAUCACACAGCAAUGGCACCACGACUGUCAGGAGCACAUACUACUGGGAACAGAACAAUGUGUCUUCUGUGUUCUGCUUUGUCUCCCAUCCAACUGGCAACCAGACUCUGCCCAUAGAACUGAACGGAAGUGGUGGCAAAUCGUUAGGAUCAUAUACUCUAUACAUCAUCUCAUCUCCUAUUAUUCUUUUGAUCAUCAUAGGAUUCAUUUGGCUUUUGAAAAUCAUUGGCUUCAGAAAAUGUAGAUGGACAAGACCAGAAGCUUCUCCAGCUGUUGAGGAGGAUGAAAUGCAGCCUUAUGCUAGCUACACAGAGAAGAGUAAUCCACUCUAUGACACUGUGACCAAGGUGGAGGUGUGUCCAGCAUCACAAGGUGAAGUCAAUGGCACAGAUGGGCUUGCUUUAUCAGCCACUGGAAUCUAGAACCAAGAAAAAUGAAUCCAGGGACACCAUCGUUACUCUUUUGCUUUCCUUAAAAUUCUACAAUGGAAAGAUGACUUGGAAAUUAGCUCUUCAAAAGUUCUUAGAAACACAAAUGUUCUUACGGUUUUGCAUUGUAAUCUUCAUGGUUGGAAGUUUGGAAUCUUUGCUGCUACCAGUUAAUCUUUGAAGAACUGAUGAAAUUAUUACAAAGAAAGCACAAGGUUAUGAUACAAUCAAAUUGUGCAAUACAGGAUGAUGAAAACUGAGUUCCCUCAAGAUGUAAUUGCAGAAGGAACAAUCAUUACUAAAGAGCUUCUCAUGAAUUCUUCCAAAAGCAUUUCUCUUUAUAUGUGCUUAUAGUGUAUGUGUGCAUUUGUAUGUGCUUAUUUACAUAUAUGUAUACAUGCACAAAUCACAUUGUCAAGACAGCUUCUUGUCAAAACAGACUGGAAUGCUGGACUUAAAAAGUUAAUACUGUGAGUCUUGAAAAAUCUUUUUAUAUCAGUAUAAGCAAAACUACCUCAUUCUUUUUAAUGGCUAUGUAAAAUUCCGCUGUAUAAUUACAUUGUAAUUUAAUUAAUCAUGGCCCUUGGAUGGGCAUUUAGAUUUUGUUUUCUGUGUGGUAUUAAACAGUACCAAGUAGAAUGUUUCCUGUGGAUAAUCUCUGCAUUAUUUGAUCACAUUGAGAGAUUUUUUUUUAAUGUAAUAGUCCUGGCAGACGGAAUGUACCUUUAUUAUCAAUAGAGCAGUCAAAUUGUGUCUACUUACAUUCCCUCUGAUUGUGUUUGAAUGUGCCUUUCUCUAUAUUCUUAUUCUUGUGUCUUUCCCAUUCUUAUUGCCACAGUUUCUCCUUUCUAUUUUUAAUUAACCAGUUGGGUGGUAUGUUAUGAUAUUAACUCUAUUAUUUAAUGAAACUGGAUUCUCGUCCUUGUUUUGUCUGAAGAGAGAGACAGCAUUUGUAAUGAGUGUUCUCAACUGCUCAUGUUGCUACAGAAGUGCUGACAUCUCAUGCCUAACAGUUUUACAGAUGUUGUGAGUUGUCCAUUUUUAACAUUCUAGUCUUAUGUAUUUAUCAAAUAGCAAGUGUCUUUGGACUGUAUUUGUAGGUGGGGCAACAUGGGGGUAUUUAUAUGCUGAAAGGAUGGCAAUGGGAUGAUAUGAUUUCCUCUCCAUUUUUGUUUAGAGGGAGAUAUGAGGAGUAUAUACAUUGAUAAUUUUUGACAUAUUUUUUAAUUGUUAAGAAUAAUCCUGUCCCCCUUUACAAAUCAGGACAAAUAUUUAAGAUGAAUUUCUUUUUGUCUUAUUUUGUUUGCUUUUUUUUGAAACAAGACCUUGUUGAUUUUUAAGUUAGUUCCUCAACUCACCAUACAACCCAGGCUGGCCCCCCAAGGGCUGUGAUGACAGCUGUGUGGUGAUUUACAUGCACAAUUCUUUCUCAUUACAAUAAAAUGAUAGAAAUUAAACAAGACUCACUCUUAAUGUUUCCCAAUUGAGAAGACAUUUAAGGAAAUUCUUUUGUAUACUAAAAAUUUUUUCUUUUCUUUCUGGAAAAUUCUCUUUUUCUUCUUCCUAUUUCUUCCCACACUCACUCCAUUCUUUGGAAGUUAUGCAUUAUAACAUAUAUGUAUUAGUGCCUAUGUUUUAUUUACAAAUAUCUAAAAAUACUGUUAUUGAGGUAUAAUUGAAAUUUAAAGUUUAUUCUUUUUAAAAAUAUUUUUAUUAAAGCUCUUCAUUUAUUUUACAUACCAACCACAAUUUCCCUUCCCUCCUCUUCUUCAAUUCCUUCCCCCACCUCCCAUUAUCCCUUCCCCAUUCAUUCCUUCUCCAUUCAGAAAGGGGUAGGUCUCCCAUUGGAUUCAACAAAACAUGCCAUAUCAGGUUGAGGCAAGACCAAGCUCAUCCCCCUUCAUCAAGGCUGGCAGAGGCAUCCUAGCAUGGGGAAUAGGUCCCCAAAAGCCAGCUCAUGUGCCAGGGACAGGUCCUGAUUCCACUGAUAAGAAUCCCACAAACAGACCAAGCCACCCAACUGUCACCCCACAUGCAAAGGGCUUAGGAUGGUCCCGUGCAGGCUCCUUAGGCUUUAUCUUUGUAUUAGUCAGGCUUUUUCAGUGGAACAGAACCACUAGAGGAAAUCCCAUAUAUAUAUAUAUGGUUUAUUAGAUGGCUAUUCUCACAUAGGAGAAGUGGAGACUCUAAAAAGUGUUCAUGAGCCUGGCUGUCUCGGCGGUCACAAGCUGCUGCCGAAGGCCUGGAGUAUUCCUGGAGAGCCAUGGGUCUUCAGUUCACAUGGAACAACCAAAGCAGCUGAGUUCUGAUGUUGGUGAAGCAGACAGCAGAGGCAGCUGCUGCACAGACAACUAUGGAAGCAUUUACCUGUGUUACAUCAUUUAGACAUUCUUAGGCCAUUUUGACCUUGGAUCAAGCAUGUUCCACGACUGAAUGAUCUGGCAGCAGACCUGGGUGCUAUGCGGACUACAGAAUUCAAGUGUGGUGGCUGCUGCUACUCGGAAGUAAAGAAGAGCUUGAGAGGCAUCAGCUUCAUUAAGAACAUUGGCUUCUAGCGAAGUACUUAGGUCCUCAACUCUUAUAUUUAUUUUUUUGAUUAGGAGUAAUUGUUUCAGUGAUUUAAUCUUAUUACUAGUUGUGUUUGUCCAAACCUUUUAUUUACUCAUAAUGCUUUGUUGUGGAUAGUAUGCUUCUGAGAUCCCUACUUCUUUUUGGCUAUCUGGUUGGUGGUUUUUCAUGGUAGUCUCUAAUGAUAUUUAAUUUUCAAUUUAUUAUUAUUAUUAUUACUAUUAUAUCAAUAGCUGUAUAGUACUCUAGAGACAGGGAUAUUACUAUGUCCCCCUCUCAGCCCUCUUGCCUUCACGUUCCAAGUGCUAGGAUCUCAGAUGUGAACCACUGUUCCUGGCUUUCUUACGAUAUUUUUGUUUCUGUGAUAGCAGUUGUAAUAUUUUCUCUUCCAUUUUGGCAUUAUCUGUCUGUAUCGCCUCUCUCCUUUUCCUUGAUAAAUCUACAGGUAUCACUUUUGAUUAUAUAUCAUUUUUAAAAAUUCAAAUUUUAGUUUUAUUAAUUUUUCUAUUAGUUUUUGUUCUCCAUUUCCUUCUUUCUGAUCCUCCCUCCCUCCCUUU